UGAAAUUUUGGGGUCUACCAGUCUAUUGGAAAGCGGCCCCACCCACCAUCUGGCUCUGUUGCUCCCAAACUUCAACUGAUUGUAGAUGCCAAAUCCCAAUAAUUUUUUCUGACAAUCCUGUUUUGAGGACAUAAUUACAGUUCCUGAGAUAUUGUUCAUCAAGUGUUGCCUCAACUUAUUUUGAAACUUGUUGCUUUCCUACUUGACCUUGCUACAGCCAUGGAGGAUUACAGAAUAGAAUCUGACACCUUUGGAGAGCUGAAGGUGCCCAGCGAUAAGCUGUACGGCGCUCAAACUGUCAGGUCAACAAUGAACUUUGCCAUUGGAGGCCCUUCAGAAAGAAUGCCUCUGGCUGUGGUUAAAGGUAUGGGAACAUUGAAGAAAGCAGCAGCUUUGGUCAACAAGGAGUAUGGACUUGACCCCAAAGUUGCUGAUGCCAUUAGCAAAGCCGCUGAUGAGGUCAUUAGUGGACAACUUUACGAACAACACUUCCCACUUGUCAUUUGGCAAACUGGCUCCGGCACUCAGUCCAACAUGAACACAAAUGAGGUUAUUAGCAACCGAGCCAUCCAGUUGCUUGGUGGAAAGCUGGGAUCCAAGUCUCCAGUGCAUCCCAAUGACCAUGUCAACAAGAGCCAGAGCUCCAAUGACACUUUCCCGACUGCCAUGCACAUCGCUGUUGCCGUUGAAAUCAACAAGUCACUCCUGCCAGCCCUUGAAGGUUUACAUGGUGCUAUGAAGAAAAAGAGCAAGGAAUUUGAGAAUAUCAUCAAGAUUGGCCGUACCCACACUCAGGAUGCAGUCCCUCUCACACUGGGCCAGGAGUUUGGUGGCUACACUCAGCAGCUGGAGUUUAGCAUUGCGCGCAUUAAGGACACUCUCCCCCGACUUUACAUGCUUGCCAUUGGUGGUACAGCCGUAGGAACUGGAUUGAACACAAGAGUUGGAUUUGCUGAAAAGUGCGCUGCAAAGAUUAGUGAAUUAACAGGACUACCCUUUGUUUCUGCACCCAACAAAUUUGAGGCUUUGGCUGCCCAUGAUGCCUUGGUUGAGGUGUCAGGGGCACUCAACACUGUUGCCGUCAGUAUCAUGAAGAUUGCCAAUGAUAUCCGUUUCCUGGCUUCUGGACCUCGCUGUGGUCUGGGUGAACUGAGCUUGCCUGAGAAUGAGCCCGGCAGUAGUAUUAUGCCCGGUAAAGUAAACCCUACUCAGUGUGAGGCCAUCACCAUGGUUGCUGCCCAGGUCAUGGGCAACCAUGUUGCAGUCAGUGUGGGAGGCAGCAAUGGACACUUUGAACUGAAUGUGUUCAAGCCCAUGAUUGUUGCCAAUGUACUUCGGUCCGUUCAGCUGUUGGCUGACAGCAGCAGAAUGUUCACCACCAACUGUGUUCAAGGCAUUGUUGCCAAUGAAGAGCGCAUUGCCAAAAUCCUGCACGAGUCUCUCAUGCUUGUCACUGCCCUCAACCCUCACAUUGGAUAUGACAAGGCUGCCAAGAUUGCCAAAACAGCUCACAAGGAAGGAACGACGUUGAAGGAGGCUGCCUUGAAGUUGGGUUACCUUACAGAGGAGCAGUUUAGAGACUGGGUGAAGCCGGAAGACAUGUUGGGCCCUAAGUAGAUGAUAGGUGUGUCUGUUCUGUACAAUUGAUUCUUGAUCCCUAGGGACAUUUUUAAAUGACAUGCCAUACCUCCUUAAAAAACAAAACUGCUGGCGGUUAAGACAAUGAACUGUAAAUAAUUUUUAUGUUGUAGAAAAAUAACCAUUUUUCAAUUGAUCUGCUGUUUGAUUUGAUUUUAUCUGUUUGCCUCCUGUAAUGAUUUAAUGUUUUAGUUGUAUUUGUAAGGGAAUGGUGAUAUUGAAUCCAACUGUCUGUGCUGCAGCAUAAAAUCAUACUGUUUCUUUUAUACUGAAUUUCUGGCCAUCAAAAUAUUGUGAAUAAACAGUCGAAACAAAAGUGA